AUGAAGUGUGUUUUGCUCCUCCUAGCUGUUGCCUCGUGCUCUGUUCACGCUAAUAGUGAGGAAGAACUAAAUAAGCUUACAACUCAAGUUCGCUCAGAACUAAGUGCUUACUUUGAUGAGGCUCAGUUUAAAAAGGCUUUUGGGUUUUUGUUGGAACAUUAUACGAGUUCAAAUGAAAUCAAAGCUGCAGCCGUGGAUAUGUACAAGAAAGUUAGAGAUGAUGUUCUCACUUCCGAGCAGAGAAUUCAAAUAUCUAGGAGUAUAGCAGAUGCUGCUGAAUCCCUUGGAGGUGUUGAUCAACUGAAAAAGCUGGUUUAUCAUGCUCUCGACAAAUUCAUAGAUUUCUUUAAUCCUCAGCUUGUUGAGGACAGGAAACAGUUUGCUGAGUUGAAGCAGAACGGCAAAUCUACUGAUGAUGUGAAUUCUUCUGGAUAUCAGAAGCUAGCCGGGUACUGGAACAAGAGUUAUGGACAAAAAGUUAUUGAUGUUGUUAAAUGUUCCAUGAGCGAGAAGGAUUGGAAUAUUGUAACCAAGGAUGCUGCUUCAUACAUGUUUGUUAAUAACUUUGAUAUGACAUAUCAUUGUUGA